AUGUGGCAGAGAGUUUUUGGUCACUCACACGCUGGUGGUUCCUUGGAUAUGGCCCAAUACACCUAUCGCCCUCUGGCCAAGGGCUCCACCAAGAUUCGCCUCCUCCGUCUAUUACCGCAUGACGAUAAGGCUGCCCGUGUGGAAUGCGAACUCAUCGAAUACACUCUGACAGAUUCCGCGGGACAGCACCUGUAUGAAGCCCUAUCUUACGUACUCCAGGAGGUGGCCCUAGCCCGUGACGUUGUAGUUAUGUGUGGCCCUGUGGAGAUGAAUGGUUAUGCGUUUAUCUCGGGCUUGCAGAGCUUAGAAGUUCUUCGCACAGCUCACCCAAGGCUCCAAGGCUUGGUGCAGUCAGCGUAUCACCUGAUUAAAGAUGCAGUUUUUCGUCCUAGUUAUCAAUUCAACACACGUGGCACACUGUCCAUAGGUGAACUGAUUGAUAUGUACCAUACUCGCCAUGCCUCCUGCUUGCAUGAUAAAAUAUACGCAUUGCUCGGCAUGUGUUCUGAUGACCCUGACACAGAGGCUCUGAAGCCAGACUACAGGCUCCCAUGGAAUAAGGUCUUCGAGCGUGUGAUCAAGUAUAUUAUUUCGCCUAAUAUUUCCGUCAAGACGUGGCCUGACCGAGAGGCAGCAGUUAUAAAAGGCAAGGGCUAUGUGCUGGGGAUAAUCAAGUCGGUCGCAACGCCUGGCUCACGAUAUGACAGACAGGAGGUUAAAGUUCUAUUCCGCGAUACAGUAGAGGCACUGUAUCAGUUCAUGAAUUCGGGCGUACAGUGGCUGCUCCAAACCCCGGCGGAGCCAAUUCGCGCGGGUGACAUUGUCUGCCUGCUCCAGGGAGCUUCGGCUCCAACUAUUGUAAGAAUAUCGAAUAGUGGACUGAGAAUUAUUAUGAGCAGCGUGGUUCCACGGCAUAAAGCUUUACAUGAUACCAGGGGAUGGGAUUCACAUGGGCCUCCUUCGGAAGCAAGCGUUCUUCAUGACCUCGUUCUCCAGUGGGACUGGGCCCCUACAACGGACGUUCUGCAAGCAAAGAAUCGAGCAACAGUUCAGGGGGAGUCACACAACUCACAACCCUCGAAUGCGAAAUUUCACCAUAAGGAUGUUCCACCCAAUCCCACCGUCUUGCAUGAUAUCCUUACAAUAGCCGUUCCGUCUAAGUAUAAUGUGUUGACGUCCGGCUUGUGCGGCAUUGGCAGGUCACCAGAUGGCACUUCGGCGAUGAAAGCUCUGUUGGAUCAAGCGGGUGAUAUUCUACCUAUCACAGAAGACAUAGUUAGGAGAGCGGCAGACCAUCACGACCUAGGUGCUGAUUUGUUGAAGAUCCUUUUCGAGCAUAAGGGGAACACUCUCCCCAUUACAGAGCAAGUUGUUAGGGCAGCGGCAGGGAAUCCUGAGGGGUAUUUUGUGAUGAACCUUCUUCUUGAGCAAAUAGGGGAGAGUCUUCCCAUCACAGAGGAGGUCGUUAAGGCUGCAGCAGGCAACACUGGGUAUGGAGGCAGUAUUUUGGAGAUUCUAUUCAAAGAGAGAGGGGAUACUCUGGCUAUCACCGAGAACGUCGUUAUAGCUGCAGCGGGUAAUCAGAAAGAGGGGGCAUCAAUUCUACAGUAUCUAUUUAAGCAGAAGGGGGAGAGUCUGCCAAUCACAGAAGCAGUGCUCAUAUCAGCAGCAACCAAUUCGGGCCCAGAUGCACCAAGUUCGAUAUUGAAUAUCAUAUUGGCGAAUACUCAAGAGAGACAGCUUCCUCUUACAGAAGGCGUUGUCAAAGCAGUGGCUGCAAAUUCCUCUCGGAUAAGAGCUUCAACACUCCUGCAACUCAUGACACAAAAGAGACAUGAGCGGCAACAGAGAGCUCUUGAUUUAUCCACCAUGCAAUGUCUGUUUCAAAAUUUGACGGAGAGAGUAUAG